AGUUUUGGGGCGAAGAUAGAGGCACGCUGGGCCAGGCUCCGCCUACGUCGCUCUUGCAUACUCAGCUUUCCAGCGCCGAUCCGAGCGGGGUGCAUGGUGUCGACGGCGUGAUGUCAUCGCUAGGCGCCGCGCGCCGCCAGAAGGAGCCUUGACCUCGUGUUGGGGGCUGCGCGACAAUGCUGCAGCUACUACGGGCUGGGGCGCGCGCCUGGGCUCGGCCCGCGGGCUGCCGGGGCUUGAACGCGCUGGCGGAAGAGGCAGCACCCCAGGCGGCGAAGCCAGAGUCGGUAGCUAGCGCGGGUCCCCAGGCGCCCGUGCUGCGCAGGUGCGAGCUCCCGGUACCCGCGUCCCGGCGUCCGGUGCAGGCCUGGGUGGAGUCCCUGCGGGGCUACGAGCAGGAGCGCGUGGGUCUGGCCGAGCUGCACCCCGAAGUUUUCUCCACAGCGCCCAGGUUGGAUAUCUUGCACCAGGUUGCCAUCUGGCAGAGGAACUUUAAGAGAAUUAGCUAUGCCAAGACCAAGACUAGGGCCGAGGUGCGGGGCGGAGGCCGGAAGCCUUGGCCGCAGAAAGGCAGUGGGCGUUCUAGGCAAGGCAGCAUCCGCUCCCCGAUCUGGCGAGGAGGAGGCAUUGCCCACGGCCCCCGGGGCCCCACGAGCUACUACUACAUGCUGCCCAUGAAGGUGCGGGUGCAGGGCCUCAAGGUGGCGCUCACCGUCAAGCUGGCCCAGGAUGACUUGCACGUCGUAGACUCCCUGGAGCUGCCGACCUCCGACCCCCAGUACCUGACCGAGCUGGCCCGAUACCGUCGCUGGGGGGACUCCGUGCUCCUUGUGGACUUAGCCUAUGAGGACAUGCCCCAGAAUGUCGUGGCAGCCACCUCCAGCCUCAAGACCUUCAACCUGAUCCCAGCUGUCGGUCUGAACGUGUACAGCAUGCUCAAGCACCAGACCCUGGUCCUGACCCUGCAGACCGUCGCCUUCCUGGAGGAGAAGCUGCUCUGGCACGACUCACGCUACACGCCUCUCUACCCCUUCCGCCUGCCCUACCGUGACUUCCCCUGAGCCCUGGUCCUCUGCCCUUGGGGGCCCCUCAGCCUCCCUCUUCCUGGACCCCUUCGUGCCGGGUGCUUGCCCCGAGCCAGGCCGAACCCCCAGUAGGCCUGGGAGCCUCGUGCCCACCCUGUGAGAGCAGGGCCGCACCGCCCGAAUCCCCUCAUCCCUGUGCAGCCGUGCGCAGAGUGGCCGAGUGGGCGUCACCACCAGAGAGGGGCCGCUCGGCACAUGAGCCCCACCGGCCUCUGGCCCCAAUUUUCUCUUUCAUUUUUAACAUUGACUCUGGGUUUUUUUUUGUUUUUGAAUCAGAAACAGAACGGCUCAUUGCCAUUUUGUAAAUACUUCCACUUGGCAAGUCUGGCUCUUUCCUCAGUGCUGGGUGCCGCUGGGUACCUCUCUCCAAGGGGCAACCUCAGGGCUGUUCAUAGCGAUGACCCGCCGUCUGCCUCCCCAGGAGGAGUCAGGUUACAGGACUGUGCAGGGGAGUCGUGCCACCGCUGUCCCUAGGAACCCGCUCCCGCUGCCUCCCCGCUGCUCAGGGCUGCCCCCAAGAAUUCACAUCCCCGAUGGGGCUCGUGCUGCCUUUGGUCGUGGUCCUGCAGGCCAAGCAGGGGGGGUGAUUCUACAAAAAGGAAGCGUAAACCUGAAGCUUUUCUCAUGAUUUCCCACAAGCAGCGUUUGAAUCCCUGUGCUCAGUAAAUGAGCAAAUAAACACACUUUUUAAACACCGAACUAGCAUCCUAAUUGUGGGGUCUGCUGAUAUCUGCUCCCCAAGCUAAUUUUCUUGUAAUAGUCCUAACACAGACGACCAUGUGGUCAGUUUCCUUAAAGUCAGCCAGAGCGGACAUCUGCUCGUCUGUCUAGCCAAGGGAGGGGGGGGCAGGGACCACCCAUGGGCUAGGCAGCCCCUUGCCAAAAACAUCUCUGGAAUGCGUCUCUGGGGAGUGCCUUCAGAGCUCGCAGCACAUUCUUUGAAAAUCCUCAUGGAUAAAAACUUUGAUCCUUAAAGCACCAGACUUGACAAAGUAAAAAAGCCAUUUGGAGCCUGUGUAAGAAUGGGUGCGGAGGGCGGGUGGGAAAUGUCCCUUGGGCUGAAGCCAAACUGGUCCCUACCUCUCCCUGUGCCUCUCACUGGCCACGUGGGGAUGUGAGGCUUGGAGUAAGACCCAGCUGUGCUGACAGCGCCCAGACCAGUCUAGAUCAUCGUAGCUAGAAGGCAGGCUGCUUAGUCGUCCACCUCACGGCGGUCAGGAAACAGCAAGGCCAACCCACCCCUUUCAGACCAAGGGUGAAAAAAGGCAUUAGAGAAGAAUGAUCUGGGUGGCUCAGUCGGUUAAGCAUCCGACUCUUGGUGUCGGCUCAGGGCAGAUCUCAGAGCCAUGGGAUUAAGUCCUGUGUCAGCUCCACGCGGGGAGUUGGAAAAUCUCUGUCCCCCCCCCCCACUCAGGAGCAUGUGCGGGCUUUCUCUCUCUCUCUCAAAUAAAUCGGACGGGGUUGGGGGGAGCGGAUGCCUGGGACGCCAAUUGUUGGCGUCUGCCUUUGGCUCAGGUCAUGAUCCCAGGGUCCUAGGAUCG